AUGCCAGCCAAGGCUGCUACCAAAUCAGCGGAGAAGGCCGUCAAGGGAGACGAAGCCGAAGAAGUAGUACUCAAGUACCUCAAGCAGGUCAACCGACCCUAUGCUGCCACCGACAUCUCGGCGAAUCUCAAGAACAAGGUAACCAAGACAAACGCUCAGAAGGUUCUUGGAUCUCUAGCCGAUAAAGGCCUUCUCACUUGCAAGACGUACGGAAAGCAGUCGAUAUACGUGUACAAUCAAGCCAAUCUCGAAACUCUGCCUGCGGAAGGUCUUGCGGACAUUGACAACGAUAUCAAGGUGGUCGCCGACGAUCUCGAAGCGGUCAAGAAGAAGCUGAAGAAUGUCGGGGCUGCUGUUGCCAAUCUCACCGCUCAACCUAAAACUGAGGAUCUCCCUGCGACGCUGAAACGUAUUCAAGCCGAGAACGAUGCUUUGGUAGCCGCUUUGACUCCUCUACGAAAAGCUGCUACAGGGGGUGAAGAUAAGCAGGAUAACAACGGACAAGCCGGUCCAAUGAGUAAGGCGGAUAUCGAGGCGAUCGAGAAGGAAUGGCAGAAAUGGCGCAAGGAAUGGGUCUCUCGUAAGAGGAAUUACCUAGGACUGCUCGACGGUGUUCAGACCGACGCCUCGCCCGCAGAACGUCUGGCGUUCCAAGAGGAAAGCGGGAUCGACCUGGAAACCCCCGAGAUGGUCGAGUUGGAAGCUAGCGAACUCUGCAAACCGCCCGCUCCAAAAAAGAUCAUGCUUGCCGGAGGAGGGACCGGGGCCAAGACGAACGUCAAGGCCGUCGUACAGAGCCCUGGAGCGAAGAGGAAGAGGUCGUGA